AUGUUCCGACUUGCCCGAUUUUCCGCCUCCAGCAACGUGGUCCGUCUUGCCGUGGCCCGGCCCGCAGUCCGGCCCUUUUCCACCUCUCUGGCCCGGUUCAACGAGCAGAAGAAGCCCGAGCCCGAGCUCAUGAACACUCUGGAGCAGUCCGAGUUCAUCCAGAAGAUCCGAAACAACGACCGAGUGCUCCACGAGAUUGCCGGAUUCCAGGACUUCAUGCUGGAGAAGGGCUACGUGAAUCCCGACGGUACUCGAGCUUCUGGUCUCAUGACCAUGAUGAAGAUGAUUUCCGAUAAGGAGGUUGGCAAGCGACUGGAGGGACUCAAUGCUGUGCUUGAGCAAGAGCAGAUUGAGGUGACCAAGGACGACAUCAAGUCUUUGGUUGCUGCUCUUGGUAUGAAAUAA